ACACUUCUUAAAUAGAGUGGAUAACGAAUCAUUACGUUCCGUGUGACCAUUGGCAAGCGUUGGUGGGUGAGGUUGUAGACGUGAACCAUGAGUGACGACAAUUCAUCGCCCGAAUCUGUGUCGGAUCCAGAGGCCAAUGAGGAUCAGCCACCACCUAAAGAGGCUAAAGCGCCAGCAGGAGAAGGGGCGGCACCUCGAGCCAAAGGAGGAUCAAGCACGUGGUUCAUUAUAGGCUUCGUUGUACUACUUGUUGUUGUUGGAGCACUUGUAAUCUUCUUCGUAGCCGGCGGACUGAAUCCUUCUGGAGGUGCAAAUAGCACAGAUACAAGCAUGCCAGAUGAGCUAGGUACGGGUGGAAUGACGCAAAUGUCGGCUAUGACUACCGCAGGAGGUGAAGGUGCACCAAAUGCUAUGCUUCGUGCUUACGAAUCUCUGUCAGAACCUGUUUACUCGCAACUAGCUUUCACAGAACAACGUUCUAUGUAUACUGACCAAGACAACAGAUGUCCGUAUGAGAUGUUUACUGUGGGAGCACAGGUGAUAGAGUUUCGAGGAACGAUAUGGAACAAGAAUCUCGACAUACACCCCGUUCUUCAAGGGUCAGACCCCGAGGACCACUUCAUGACGGACAUAAUAGUUCGACUAGACAAGCGCGAUCUGCGUGAAGACAAGGGAGCGUAUGUAGCGAUAGUACUUCCCGCGACACCGAAGAAUACGACCUUGUUUUUCCAUUUCAAUGGCUGCAUGAAAGUUCCUGUACAUAUCGAGACGAUGAACAACGUAGACGCCCAUCUCCCUCGAAUAAGGUACAAGGUCGUUCAGAUGAUGAAACAACAGAAGCACGAAAGUGUGUCGGAUAUUAAGUGCAGCGACUUGAUCGAUCCACGUGUCAAAGACCGAAUUGCGAUCCGCGUGUUACUCGAUUUUGCCUACGGUCGCAAAUCGCCAGAGCUAAGGGUAGUGCACUGCACGCUUCAAGACCGCAAGUGUCGCGUAAUUUACAAGGUUCAGGCCGACGGUUUAUCAACGAUAACAAGUCCCGCACGUGUGAUGAUUUUUUCUGGAAAACUUCCUUCUAAUACCGAUGACAAAAAACGCAAAACUUCGCCUGUGUUAGAGUCCUCCGUAGCCAUUGAAAGUUGGUGUAUGCCGAGCGACGGUGAUGGAUUUUUCCCCAAUCGCUUAAUGGUAAGCGAGGACAGUGAUAAUCCAGGUGGCUUCGUUCCGCCCGAUGGCACUGCAAAUCGGCGAUGGUUUGAUUGAUCUGUCGAUCAUAUUAGUCAAUCGCUAAUCUAAAGUGCAUUAUCAACCAACACCAUUUGCUUGCUCCUGGUCAUCUUGAUUCCCACCUCAGAUUGCUUCUUACGUGAUCAGUUAACCCGGGGUAUCACUUGUCUCGAUAUAGCGUUCUUUCUUCAAAAGGCUGCGAAUUUGAUCUGCCUGUUGAUUUGUCUACAGCCCGACCCUACUAAGACAUUCCCUUCGUCUAACAAUAAAUGGCUUUGAAGCCGAAGUUUCUACUUCCUAC